AUGGCAAAACCAGAAAACGGUGAAAAUUAUCCAGAGAAGCAAACGUGGAGCACAUGGGAGGAGCUCCUCCUCGCCUGCGCCGUUCACCGCUACGGUACUGAUUCAUGGGAUUCCGUUGCCGCUGAAAUCCAGAAACAGAACUCCACUCCUCGUACCCUCACCGCCUUCGACUGUCGACACAAGUACCAUGAUCUCAAGGGUCGAUUCUCCCGGAAAUUGGGGUCGCCGGGAUCCGGUGAGGAGGAGACCGUCGCUGAGAUCUCUUCCGUUCCAUGGCUUGAGGAGCUGAGAAAGCUUCGUGUCGAUGAGCUCCGGCGCGAAGUCGAACGUUACGAUCUAUCCAUCUCGUCCUUACAGUUGAAGGUGAAGAGACUGGAGGAUGAGAGAGAGAAGAGCUUAACGGAGACGGAAACUGAAGCUUUAGAUCUAGAUAAAAUCGCGGAGACGACGGAAAGCCAACUUGAAUCGGUUCACAACUCCGAUGGUCGGGUACCCGAGACGCCUGCUUCUCCAGAUCCGAAAGACAAUAGUCCCGGAACCGGAUCGGAGGACACGAACAUAGAUCGGAAAAUCACCGAAUCAGUGGACGUAACGCCGAACCGGAUCGGCGGAGAAGACAACGACGAGAAGCCGGAUUCGUGCAGAGGAAGCUGCGAGAGCGAACCGAAGGAGUCGCCGGCGAACUCGGGUCGACCCGACCCGGUAAGAGAUGGAAAUGACUCGCCCGAGUUUGUUGAGCCAAUUGACGAGUCGAAGGGAGAGGAAGAGGCCAAAGAAACGAGUGACGUGCAGAGUUCGGCGAGUUUGCCGAGAAAAGACACUGUAGAACAAGACGAACUGGAUAACGUGGACCAAUCUCUGACCGUCAAUAGGAUCCCCGUUGAAUCUCAGCCGUUGAUUGAUUUCAUCGAGAGUGUUCAGUCUCACCCCAUUGGCUUCCACUUUUCUAGCCAGGAAACGCCCGAGUACGAUAAGAUAAUAAGGCAACACAUAGACUUGGAGAUGAUUCGAAACCGUGUGGAGGAGAAUUACUACACAGCCUCGAGGAGCAAGUUUUUUAGAGAUUUACUGCUACUAAUCAACAAUGCAAGAGUUUUUUACGGCGAGCGAUCCUCUGAGUUCGAUGCCGCAACGCAGCUUAGCCAACUCAUCCAAAAACAGAUGAUGAUGACACUCCAGAUUCCUGAACCAAUCUCACCACCAAAAGAGGAAACUUUGGUGACGUCUAAGGAGGAAGUCACAGUCUCUUCUCUAAAACCAACAAUGUCAGUGCCUAUUAUAGCUUGUCGGAAACGCAGCUCUUUGACUGUUAGAUCUUCAGCGUCAGCCACUGAGCCGUUCAGCAAAAAGACUACAGUCGAUGAGAAGCCAGUUUCAGAAGAGGAAGAAGAUGAAACCUCCGAAAAAGAUGAGGAGCCUAUAGCUUCCAAUAAGAUGGCUAGAGGGAAAACAACUUCAGCAGCUAAGAAGAUAGGAAGCAAAAACGUGAAGACUAGUUUGAAUGUCUCUGAGCCGAAGAAAAGUGAUCAAGAAAAGAAGGGUAACAACUCAAAAAAGCAAAGUGCUGCUAGUUUUCUUAAGAGAAUGAAAGGGGUUUCUUCGUCUGAAACUGUGCCAGAGACAGUGAAGGCUGAUUCCUCUAUCGGAAAGAGAGGAGCUGAACAGAGGAGAAGUAACAGUAAGAAUGACAAAGUUGUUGUUAGUCAGAAACGAUCAAGUGGGAAGAAGCCAGCUAUUGAAAAGGUUAGUCCUGCAAAGAAGAACACUAGCUCUGCCACAAAAAGAGGUGUUUCUCAAUCAUCUCCUAUGGUAACAAAGAGGGACAGCGAAGAAGCAGGUUCUUCUACUCGCCCGAAGAAGCGCUCAAAGAGGUGA